GGUUUUUUUUAUUCCAGUGUAAUUUUCUUGGAGAAAAACUUGCAUUUUUGUGGGAUUUCUGCUAUAAAGAAAAACAAGACUGAAUUUGUGAUAAUCACGUAUUAAUAUGAAAUUAAUUUUAAAUUCCUCUGUUUUAAUCAGGUUAAUGUGUCAAAAAUCACGGUAUUUGAGAUACCCAGUUUUGUAUAAUCCUAGAUAGUUUUUUCAUUCAAUGGCAGAAAUCAUAACCAUACUUUUUUUUUUUUUUUUUUGGCAGGAAUUUAGAUUACUUGCUUCUGAAAAUAUUCAGUUUGGGUACAAAAAUGGAAACAGAGAUUGAGAAUAAUCACAAGAAGGAGACAGCUCAGCCACUAGACAAAUUCGACAUCGAUUUCUUGAAAAAAUAUGGAAAUGGACCUUACUCUACCGACAUUGAUGAAUUGGAAAAGGAGAUUAAGAAAUAUGCUAGGAGGGUUAAGAAAUUAUGUGGAGUUGAGGAUUCUGACACAGGACUAUCAGCUCCUGGCAAAUGGAAUCUCAAAUCGGAUAUACUAAUGAAGAUGACAGAAGAACCUCUCCAUGUUGCAUACUGCACCAGCAUAAUGAACCCUAACACCGAACAAGCUAAAUAUGCAGUUAAACUGUCAGGAACUUUAAAGGUUUUGAUUGUUGGGCUUGAUGAUGGAGUGUCUCCAACUGAUAUAGAAGAAGGCACACGUGUUGGGAUUACUAGAAUGAAGCCCAAGAUACAGAUACCCUUACCUCCUAAAAUUCAUCCCGAUGCAUCUUUGUUGACAGUGAAGGAGAAGCCUGAUGUAACAUACAAUGAUAUUGGUGGCUACAAAGAACAGAUACAAAUGGUCCGAGAAGUUGUUGAAUUACCCAUGCUUCACCCAGAAAAAUUUGUUGCUCUAGGGGUCGAUCCUCCUAAAGGAAUCUUGUUUUAUGGUCCUCCUGGGACAGGGAAAACACUCAUAGCCAGAGCUGUGGCUAACAGAACUGAUGCCUGCUUCAUUCGUGUAAAUGGAACUCAGCUUAUCUACAGGAGAACGGGUGGGGGUGCUGCAAUGGUUCGUCAUAUAUUUAAGAUGGCUAAGUCAAAAAAGGCCUGCAUACUUUUCUUUGAUGAAAUUGAUGCCGUAGGAGGUGCACGUUCUUUUGAUGUUGCUAGUGGUUACAAUGAGGUACAACAUACUAUGAUGGAAAUAGCAUAUCAGCUUGAUGGAUUUGAUUCUCGUGGAAACAUCAAAGUUCUUAUGGCCACAAACAGACCUGAUACUCUUGACCCUGCCCUCCUGCGCCCUGGAAGAAUUGAUCGGAAGGUUGAGUUUGGUCUUCCAGAUUUAGAGGGUAGGACUCAAAUAUUCAAGAUUCAAGCCAAGAACAUGAGUUGUGAAAGGGGCGUUCGUUUUGAACUUCUUGCUCGCAUGUGUCCUAACUGCACAGGUGCUGACAUAAGAAGUGUGUGCACUGAAGCUGGAGUAUUUGCAAUUCGGGCUCGAAGGAAGUUUGUGAAAGAGAAAGAUUUCCUUGAUGCAAUUAACAAAGUCAAUAUGGAAUACCAGAAGUUUAGUGCAACCCCAAAGUAUAUGAUAUACAACUGAAACAGUUGAUUUUUCAUGUAAUAUUAACAUAGGAUACAGUUUUGGGUGAUUUAAGGGGGGUAAAAAAAGUUUUAAUUGCGUACUUAAAGUAAAACAAAAAAGCAUUGUGAAAGCUGGUGACAAAACACUCUCAUACUUAGUACUACGUAUUAUUCUUGGUAUAAAAACAAUGGUUUCAAAUAAACUAUAGAGCAUAUUAAACUAGGAACAUUUUGAGCUGAUGUCUUUGUACCAAGGAUUGUGAAUAUCAUAUACUUUAGAUCGCAUAAAAAAUGUCGUUUUAGAUCAGAACCACAUA